CCCUCAGCAUCAGACACCUCAGGCAGCCAUGCUGUUUACACUAUGGAGAACAUUCUCUCAUCUCUGAGUGGCCUCUCUGAGACAUGGCUGACCCUUGGCUCAGCUUCCUACCACAUAGACCUCAACCACACUCUUCUGAGUGGACUGGGGCUGCUGCUUCUGUACAUCUGGUACCUGAUAUGGAGACUGCUUGUACAGACGUUGCGGAGAAAGAAAAAUGCCCCAAAGGUAAGGAAGUGUGGUGAGUUCCCAAGAGAGACUCUUUGUGGGGGGACUUGCCAGAGAGAUUCAGAGCAGAGGGAGCUGCAGACAAGCCAGCAGAGCUCUCUGGAAGAGGCUUCCGAGGCCACCUGCAAUGAACCACUGCUACACAGAGAUCCCCUCUUCCCUGUGUGCGAUAGAUCUGGCGAUGUUGGUCAUCAGCUGUCCCCGGCCGUCCUCAAAGAUGGUGCUGCCUCUCACUUGUGCUUGGCCUCCACAGCUCCUGGGACAAAGGCCUCAUUCUUUCCACCCUCUCUGCUCACAGGAAACCAGGCAGGGCAUCCGGCUCCAGCCUGUCCACCGGAGCCUUUAAGGCUGGCUCAGUCUGUCCUCUCACCGAACCGCUUUGCCGCCCUAAAAGGCUCCUACUCCUCCACACCACAGAGUGACCUGAUGACACCAGCGUCUACACUUCCCUCGAACCCUCCAUUUCUCCCCGACCCCACCCCAACCUAUCCACUUGCCUCUUUUCCUCUUCCAACAAAAGAAGUGCAGAAGUCAGAAGUGGUCUUCCAACCGGAAACCACUAGUUCUCCGGUGGACGGACUCAAUAAGAUGUCCACUAAUGUCCCACCAGCCAAAGGCACUGCGCUGCCAGAGGCCUCCCCGCAGCAGUCUGCUGCUGACAGCCCGUUAUCUUCAAACUCGGAACACUCCUUUAACCAGCAUCUCCCACCCCACGAUGUUUCUCAGGCCCCUUUGCAGGGAGACGCAAGGGCCGACCAUCUAGAGCCUGGAUACCUUUUUUUCCCUAACUCUGAUGCCCUGAGACUGUUCCAAAGGCUAGACAAGAAGGGGUGUGAUUUCCUGACGGCAAAGGAAGAGCAGGGAGAGGAGGACAAAGGAUGUUUUAUAAAGGCACCCGGUUCUUCAGACAAGAUGCCAUCAGGAGAGACGUUGGUCAAGCCUCAGGAUCUGAUGGCUUCUCGUUCAGCAAGCAGCGAAGGCAAGCUCACGCCCCAGGCGCUCCCUCGCUUCAAGACUUCUGAAGACCACGAGGAGCUGAAGCCUGCCCAGCUCUUUUGGGGCCCCCCAUCUCUACACAGUGAGGCCCUGCGCCCUACUUCUACCACCUCGUACGACCGUUCAUCGGCAUUAGUGUGCUUCAACAGUAUGGCCGAGGCCUCCGUUGCUGACUAUUCCCAUGCAGUGAUGCUUCCCACACCUCUGUCUGUGUGCCGACCACAGACAUGGCCACAGACCGCACCCCAGUCUCAGUCUCCUCUCCAACGUGACCCUCCUGCUGAGUCACAGCCUCAGCCUCAACCCCAGUCCCCAGUCUCGGUCUUGACACUUUCUUCUCAAUCCGAGCUGAGGGACUGUGGGGUGCAUUUUCACAGGCCCCAGGGAGACGAGCCGUCUCUCAGUCCUUCUGCAGUGCAGUGCUUGGAGUACAACAUCUUAAAAAAGGAACAGGAGAGGGUGUGGGGUUUACCCCUGGUGAUCCAAAAAUCCCAGGAUACUUUUUGUCCUUCGCCCCCCAAGCUCUUGUUGGGAAAUCGUUCCUCCAAGGCCUGCACUCCGAAGGCCAUCCUUCCCGGAGACUUCCCCCUCACCAGUGAGCUGGAGAAGAAACUAGAACACCAUCUCCGAAAGAGACUCAUCCAACACCGCUGGGGCCUGCCCCAAAGGAUCGAUGAGUCCCUGUCACUCAUGAGUCCCCAGUCAGAACUAAUCGACUUCUCCGAGUCAAGGAAGAACCGUGGACUCUCCUGGAUCACUUUUUUUAAGUACCUUGGCAACCGAGACUCACGGGCCACUGGAACUCGAGGAUCUGGAAGAUCUCACAGUCGGACGCCUGAAAGUCAUUCUCUGCAGGAGACAGGGGUCAAAGAACGGACAUACAGUCAAGAUGUGGGUCAGAAUGCCCACCCGCAGGGUAAACUUCAGGAGGCCUCACAAAACAGUCUGCAGUCUCACUCGAAGCCACACCAGAAGAGUUGUGCAGGCAGGCAGCCUCCCAAGCAUUCAAGCCCUUCACAGGCGAGCCAGGGACAGAAAGGAAUUGAAAAUGUCCUGGAAAAACACCUGAACAAGAAAGUCAGGGAAAUCAGUGGGGGUGAGAUCCCUGUCGCCGUGGACAGGUCGAGGCAUUCUACAAACGUGGCGAACACGCCACAGCCUCCACCUGAGACCUCCACCAGACAAAGGAAAGAUCUGGGACCACUGGCCCAUGAGGAGGACAGAUGGACAAAGCACCCACACUGCUUGUCGCUCAGUCAUAGCCAAGAGAAGAUGCUGGAAGAACACAUAACAGCCUUCGGGAGGAGGAUGGCGUUUGGCCUUCCACAAAGAGUUGAGGAGUCCUUAGAAUCCUACUUGACAAAAGCAGAGCCGUCUCACCCUUUCCCUCAGCAACACGUUCGAGCCCACUGCGUUCCUGGAGCAGACUCUGACAAGCCCUCCAAGCUCCUCCAGAGAAACACUACUGGAGAUAGAACAGGGACAGUGCAUUCAGUCCCCACCCAACAGAGGCCUCUCCCUGCUACCUCGCCUGUGGGCCACAGCCAGCCAGCCUCUGAGAACAAGAAGGUAUGUGUAGAUAAAGACCUCAGCACAGCCCCAAGGGGCAGAGAGCCGCCCCAGCGCUGGACAGACAGUAUGGCAGACAAAGGCGUCCUGCAACAGUCUGGAUCAGACAACAGACCUGGCCCAGAGCUGCCCAUGAGCCCAGGUGGGCCAACGCAUGAGAGCCUGGCUUCCAGCACCCACACCCAGGGGUCUCAGGGAGAAAGGGAGAGCUGGGAGGACGGCUCCGUGGCUGAGGGGUCCACGCAGCGACACGAGGGAGAGCAACUCCCUGGUCCUCACCCACAGUCCACUCAGAUUGUGAAAGGCACCCAAGGCCUGUGCUCCCCAGGGAGCCAUGUGACUGCAUCUCAGUCCCUGCAGGGAAUGCCAGUUCCCCACAGCUCUGAGACCCCUGACUCUAAAAGUCAGGUGUCCACAGAAGUCCUGGCGAACUCAGAGGGCGGGACACACAUUCAAGUGCCUGCCACGCCCUUGGCCCCAGAAGAAAUGACUUCCAAGCCCCAGGGCCCCUCCAGUGGGGACAUGACAGUUUCUCAGGUGCUGCAUGUGCACUUGCCCACUGUGGGCAUCAGCAUGGAGUCACCGCAGGGUCCCUGGGUCCCUGCAUAUGUCUCAGGCAAGAGGAAGAACAAAGACUGUCCCCCAGGCUCCAGAGCAUUGCCCCCACUGGCAACUGAAGCUGGAAAGCUCGGUGGGGGGGAUGCAGGCUUGGGGACAUCCCAGAGCAGAGGGAAGGGACACUGUGUUCAGCCCAGGGCAUCAGAAGAAACACAAGGACACACAUCUUCCCCAGCACUGACACCUAGGAGUCAGCCUCUGGAAAAUCAGCUCACCAGCCAGGUGAAGGGCUUCUGGCAGAGGCUGUCCCCUGGGAGGAAACACAAAGGACAGGAAAAGUCCCUGGCCAGGGGCUGCUCCCCACUGACAUCUGUGAAGGGCACAAGCCUCACCAAAGGAAGAUGUGAGCUUUGUGGGAACACGGAAUCUCAGAAAUGUGGGAGAGAGCCUGGGACGGUCCUGAGGAGACAGCUGGGGUACAGGCAUGGGACAGUCAUUCCCUGCCCCCAGGCACCCGUGUCUCCCCUCGGGUCUGAGAAGGCUCAGCAGGAGGUGCAACUGCAGGCUCAGACAGAGCCUGUGCAGAGGCUGCCCCACUUGUGCUGCAAAGCUUCCUGCUCUCAAGUGCAAAGGGCUGAGUCCUGCAGCCCAGGACAGGGGCAGACAGCCCCUGAGGGGUGUGGCACUACAGGAAAAGCUAAGAGGGUGGAGUCCUCCCCUGUGCAUGCUUCCCCACCGAAGUCCUAUAUGUAGGAAUCACGCUGGCCAGGAGCCUCUGGCCGCCCUUCUCUGUGUUGAAGGCACUGUUGGGAGGUUUGUUUCCAUUACCAAAAAAAUUGCUUAUCCAGAUUUUCUGGGGAAUAUGUUUUCUACCCAACAGUAAAUUUUCC